AUUUGUAAAGAGGAAUGAACGACGUGCAAGUUGUCAGAGAGUAUGGGGCUGGAUGGGGUUGACCGGAUGAUUCAAACUGAUGUCAAACUAUAAGAGGGGAGAGUUCAAUUCAUUAAGAGAGAAUUCCCCACAGUAGAGAAGAACUGGUGUGGGGAGAUUGUGCUCACCUCUGAGCCAUACCUGAAAAAUGGGGGACUGGUCCUUUCUUGCUUCCCUGUUGGACAAAGUACAAUCCCAUUCUACAGUUGUUGGGAAGGUUUGGCUGACAGUCCUGUUUGUGUUCAGACUGCUGGUUCUGGUGGCAGGGAUAGAAAAAGUAUGGGGGGAUGAGCAAUCACGUCUGGUCUGCAACACACUGUCACCAGGUUGUAAGAAUCUGUGCUACGACCGGGCUUUCCCCAUCUCCCACAUCCGCUUCUGGGUCCUUCAGAUCAUCUUCGUCUCCGUCCCAACUCUGGUUUACCUGGCACACGUCAUGCACGUCAUCCACAAGGAGAACAAACUGAGAAGACAACAAUCAAAAGGAAAGAAUGGAAUCGUGAAAGUGCCCAAAUACACUGAUGACAAUGGCAAAGUUCACAUAAAGGGCACCUUGCUUGUCAGUUACAUGUCCAAUGUGUUUUUUAAGAUUCUAUUUGAGGUUGGAUUCAUAGUGGGCCAGUAUUACCUGUAUGGCUUUGUGUUGCCCAGUAAGAUUAAAUGCAGUGGAUACCCAUGUAAGGGAGACCAUGUAGAGUGCUUCAUAUCACGGCCCACUGAGAAGACUAUCUUUAUCAUCUUCAUGCUGGUGAUGGCCUGUGUGUCUCUGCUGCUCAAUGUGGUGGAGAUGUUCCACCUGAUUGGAUCAAAGGUUAGGCAGGGGUGUAACAGACAACCUCCUGUAGCUGAGAGGUAUGCACUCCAUGAUAAACACAAGCAGUUUGAUAAAGAGUCAUUCUGCUGAAUAUUCAGUUGAAUCACUGUCUAUCAUAAUUUGUUUUCUCAUGUACAGUGUGACGAGAGCCAUUGACCUCACAAUUAUAACAAGAAAUCCCAAUACAAUAUGUUGUUGUUUUUACUGCUGCUCUCCGACUCUGUUGUGUAAAAUUGAUUGAAUGUACUGCCUAUAUGUUUAAUGUGCAGUAAAAACUGGGAUGUUCUAACAAAUUCUAAGACAUUGCUGAGUUGUGACUAAAAUAUCUCUGAAGUCUGACGAAUACUAGAGGAGACUAGAUGCAUAGGCACUACUGACAACCGAAUUGGUUCUUUUUGUGCAUUUUUUUGUUUGGGAUAUGAAUCAUGAAAUAGUGCUGUGCAUUUGAUAAGGAUGUGCCUUUUCAACAAAUACAACAAAUCAAAUCAAAGUCUAUUUGUUGCAUACACAGAUUAGCUUGUCUGGAUCCAUGCAGUCAUAUAUCAAGCAUCAAAUUUGAGUUCACUGAGUUCACUGAGUUUAAUUUCUCUUCACAUAUGCAGCUGUAUACUAACACAUUUUUUCACGAUGUAGUAAAAGCAAACUUUCACUGAUUGGUACAUAGGUGAUUAACUUUUGAAAAUGCCACCUCAUCGAAAUCUAACUGAUGAAUUACUUAUAAUUGCAUCUCCUACAAUUCAACCAUAAUUGACUCAAUAUUAUAGUACAUUCCUGCAGAUAUAAAUACAGUGUGUAGACUACAGCCACUGGGCACAGACAUCAAUUCAACGUAAUUUAAUUGAAAUGACGUGGAAACAAUGUUGAUUCAACCAGUGUAUGCCAAGUGGACAGCCUCAUUGUACACAUAUUUGUUAUGGUCAAUUACCAUGACAAGUUUGUUUGACCUCUUGACUCAUGAAGACUAUGCUGUGUAUAUGUUUUAUGUUCUGGUCUGAGUCAAUUACAUCACUGAUAUAAUAUAAAGUACACAUAAAGUCCUGUUUUGCUGCACAAUUUACUUUUUUAUAUAUGAUGUACAUAUAGAGAAAAAAACAUCUCACCAGUCCCCUGUUGAUAUUAUUUAUCAUCUUUCCUCAUCU